GGAUUGCUCAAUAUGGACAACAGCACCGGUAUUCACUCACCCGUCUCUCACCUCAACCUCAACCUCAACAGACCCGCUAUGGACGACUCUAAACCGAGCGAUCAAAAGAAGAGUUUACUCCAGCAGUUGCUGUCGGAGCCGUCAUAACCCUGAAAGUGGACAUACAUUUCAAUUUCUCAUCCAAUUGUUUCAUAUAUUAACCAUUAAUUUAAGACAUAAAUCGCGACACGAAAUGACUACCAGAGACACCCGACCGACAGACAGACCUCAAUAUUAUUGUUGAUAAUUGUUGAUUGAAAGCAUAAUAUCGUGUUUUUCCGACCGAUUGAAUGAAAGAUUGAUAUUUUUCUCGCCGAAAGUAUGACCGGAAAAAGACUCAUAUAUUUUGCUGAAGACUAUAUACACUGACGCGAAGACAAAUAUCGUUAUUAUUUAUAUCAUACUUUACACCACCAUUUCAAUUGAUUCAAACAAUACGAGUUCAAAAUAUAUACACAAUAUAUUCAAAAGCCGUGACUUAUUAUUGUAUUCAAAU